UAUUCCCUGGUCGUUAUCGAUAGCCCUUUCUCCCAAUUUUUUUAACACGGACUAACCCGUCACCAUGGCAAUGUCGUUACGAUAUCACUGAUGUAAAUAAUUGCUACCGGUACGCGUAGUCCGUUACGAUCCAUUGUAAGAAACAUGAAUGUCGCGGAAAGGUACAGUUUUGAAGCAGAAUGGUACGACAAGAUGUCAUGCAUACUAAAAACUUUCUACUUAUACUUUUAUCCAAUCGACAACAGCGUCGAAUUGUUCGAUCGCAAGGCGAGGAAAGUUUUUCUCAGAAGAUCGAAAUGCGACGGACUGGAAGCUAAAGAUUUCUUUGUCGGAGGGAUGGUUAAUAUAUUUUCCCGGAACCUAAAGAUACUAGAUUAUGCAGACGAGAGUACUAAGAAAAAAUUGGCCUCGUCGAUGCAAAGGACAUGUGCCAUGCUGAAACCGGACGUCAUGGACAAGAUGGGAGAGAUUUUGAAAAAGAUUACGUACCAUAAUUUUCAUAUCGGAAAUAUAAAAAUGGUGCAUUUGACUCGAGAGCAAGCAAGGGAGCUUUAUAAAGAUCGUGCUAACUAUAAGGCAUCAGACAUACAAAAUUUCAUGGCUUCUGGUUUGGUUCUGGUGUUAGAAUUACUAGGUGAAAAUGCAAUUUCGAAAUGGGUAGAACUGCUCGGUCCCGAAGAUCCUUUGGAAGCGCGUGAGAAAUCCCCAGCCUCUUUUAGAGCAUGCUAUGGAACAGACUUUAUUCGAAAUGCAUUUCAUGGUUCUGCUAAUUCAGAAGCUGCAGAGAAAGAGCUGAAUUUUUUCUUCCCUGAUCCUAAAAAAGGGCAACAAGGACCUCAAGAUACGGUCACAUUGCAGAAGUGUACGUGCUGUGUUAUAAAACCUCACGCCGUGCAAGCAGGGCACAUUGGUGAUAUAAUCGAAGACAUCCAGAAAGCUGGAUUCAAGAUAUCCGCCCUUCAACAGUUCUAUGUGGAUCCAACCAAUGCGGAAGAAUUCUUAGAGGUCUACAAAGGAGUUUUGCCCGACUAUGGAGCUAUGGUAGCUGAACUGCAGUCAGGGCCAUGUAUAGCCAUGGAAAUAACUCAUAAAGACCAAAGUGUUGAUGUUCCUAUAGAAUUUCGGCAACUGUGCGGCCCAAUGGAUGCUGAAAUUGCAAAACAACUAAGGCCACAAUCACUCCGCGCAAAGUAUGGAAAAUCUAAAGUCCAGAAUGCCGUGCAUUGUUCGGAUCUACCCGAAGAUGGUUUACUCGAAGUAGAGUACUUCUUCAAGAUCCUUGCAUUAUAUGGCUGAAAGCAAAAACGAAUUUACAUAAAAAAUGGUGCCAGACAGUAACAGUUUAUUGAGUAUGUAUUUACAAUUUAAUACGAUUGCUUUUUAAUAAAUGAUCAGUG